CUUUAACCCCUGACCAUCUGGAGCAAUCGCAGUUGAAUUGGAACGAUGGCUGGAGGGCGUAUUCCUGACGGCGUCUACGAUCUAUAACAUAUGUUUUGAUGCUGGUACGCGCGCCGCCUCUUCCUCAGUGCACUGACUGAACAACGCGACAAUAGCCUAAACGGUGUGUGCUUUCGGUUCCAUCGUCUCUGUUGGUUAUCUAUUCAUCCACGGCUCUGAAUCUGGCAGACCUGCACAGGACAUGGUGUUUUGUGUGGAAUUAGGCCUAUCAGUGUCAUCUGUCUGAGAGUCGGGAGAGAGAGAGAGAGAGAGAGAGAGAGAGAGAGAGAGAGAGAGAGAGAGAGAGAGAGAGAGAGAGAGAGAGAGAGAGAGAGAGCAAAGGAAUCCUUGGCAUACACACACGUCGGUGUCUCGAUGUGAUUUUGAGUGACUGGCUGCAUUCUUGUGGAGACGAGCGGAACGGAUAAACCUAUUUUCAUCGUCUCACCCAUUUGCGCGGAUAGCGGCUGGUGCAUGCCCGUCUGGGUUCAGCAUCUAACAGCGUCUCUUUCUGCUGGAGCUUGGCUGAUCCGAGCUGUCCUUGGUCGGGCGUGGAGGGAGCCGAGAUGAGCGCCUUUCGGAGGGGUAGCUGGGUGUCUCUGUUGGAGUUGUGUUGGGUAUUAAUGGGACUGUGGAGGCUCGGGGCCGCCUGCCCUGCGUCCUGCUCCUGCAGCGGGACCAGGAUCGCCUGUGUGGACCAGGAGCGGGGCAUCAUGGCUUUCCCAGUGCUGCAGUCUGAGCUGGAGAUGGACAACAUCACGGACAUAUAUAUUGCAAAUCAGAGUAGCUUCUCAUCCAUCAAUGACAAAGACCUGCAUUAUUACCGGAACCUCACGAAUCUAACUGUGACUAACAGCAGGCUUACCUAUGUGUCUCGACUGGCUUUCCAGAACAACCUCAAACUCCAGUAUCUGAAUCUGAAAGACAACAACUUGUCAUCUCUUUAUUGGAGGAUAUUUCGACAUUUAAACAUAUCAAAUCUGAUUCUUUCAGGGAACCCGCUGCACUGUUCCUGUGAGAACAUGUGGAUGAAGUUGUGGCUGGGAGAGGAGGCUGAUGCUCAGGAGCUCAAAUGUAUAGAGGAGGGUGGCGGGAGGAAACCUCUCACCAGGCUCAACCCCCCUCACUGUGUGGUUCCCAUGGCGACUCUGAGCCCAUCCAAGGUGACGGUGCAGGAGGGUGCUGAUGUGGUGUUGACAUGCAACACCUCUGGAGCGCCCUCUCCUGAGCUCAUCUGGAACAUGACCCCACUCGUCUCCUACAAUGAGAUUGAGGCCUCAGGGCAGGUGUCUGAGCUCCAUCUCUAUAACCUCUCCUCACUGGACAACAACUGUAAGAUCACCUGCAGCGCUGAGAACAUUGUGGGCGAGAAUGAGUCCUCAGUCUUCCUCGACAUCCUCUUUCCCCCUAACAUCAGUAAAUUGAGUGAUGCCUACUCAGACCACCACUGGUGCAUCCCAUUCAGUAUGUCUGGGAACCCAAAACCUGAUCUCCGCUGGCUGUUAAACGGGGAGCCGGUAAAUGAGGGACCCUACAUCAUGACUAUGAUACAUGACUUCUCUGAGAGGGAGUUCCACGGCUGCCUGCAGCUGGACAGCCCCACACACAUCAACAACGGACCGUACACCCUGCUGGCCAGCAACAAGUACGGACAAGACCGCAAGACCGUCGAGGCUCACUUCAUGCUUGACCCCUUUGAUGGAGGAACAGUGACAGAACCACUUUACUAUGAGGACACACCUCUAGAGCCACCAGAAGACAGAGUUGCUGUAUAUGUGGUCGUAGGGAUUGCAGCAGUAGCCUUCAUGGGUUUUCUAUUGAUGCUGGUCAUCUUGAAAUUCGGGGGAAACUCAAAGUUUGGAAUCAAAGGUGCGUCAUCGGUGAUCAGUAAUGAUGACGACUCGGCUUCUCCUCUCCACCACGUGUCCAAUGGCAGUAACACGCCGUCCUCCUCUGAGAUGGGCCUAGACGCAGUCAUCAUCGGCAUGACCAAGAUCCCCGUUAUCGAGAACCCUCAGUACUUCCGCAGCAACAGCAUGCUCAAAUCAGACACCUUUGUCCAGCACAUCAAGAGACACAACAUAGUGCUGAAGAGGGAGUUGGGAGAGGGGGCGUUUGGGAAGGUUUUCCUGGCUGAGUGCUAUAACCUGUCUCCUGAGCUCGAAAAGAUCCUGGUAGCCGUCAAGACCCUGAAAGAGGCUAGUGAGAAUGCAAGGAAGGACUUCCACCGGGAGGCUGAGUUGCUGACCAACCUGCAGCACCAGCACAUUGUCACGUUCUACGGUGUGUGUGUGGAGAGCGACCCCCUCAUCAUGGUUUUUGAGUAUAUGAAGCACGGGGACCUCAACAAGUUCCUCAGGGCUCACGGUCCCGACUCCGUGAUGAUGGGUGACGGUCCGACCAAUAGGCCCGUGGUUUUGACCCAGUCACAGAUGCUGCACAUCGCCCAGCAGAUUGCUGCAGGCAUGGUCUACCUGGCCUCCCAGCACUUUGUCCACCGAGACCUGGCCACACGUAACUGUCUGGUGGGAGAGAACCUGCUGGUGAAGAUCGGUGACUUCGGCAUGUCCCGAGAUGUGUACAGCACGGACUACUACAGGGUGGGGGGUCACACCAUGCUGCCCAUCCGCUGGAUGCCUCCAGAGAGCAUCAUGUACAGGAAGUUCACCACGGAGAGUGACGUGUGGAGUCUGGGCGUGGUCCUCUGGGAGAUCUUCACCUACGGCAAACAGCCCUGGUACCAGCUCUCCAACAACGAGGUGAUUGAGUGUAUUACACAGGGGCGUGUCCUGCAGCGGCCUCGCACCUGUCCCAAAGAGGUGUACGACCUGAUGCUGGGGUGCUGGCAGAGGGAACCCCACAUGAGACACCACAUCAAGGAUAUCCACAGCUUACUGCUCAACCUAGCCAAGGCCUCUCCUGUCUACCUGGACAUCCUUGGCUGAGAGAGAGAGUGUGUGUGUGUGUGCGCAUGGUUGAGUGUGUGUUUGAAGCUACGAUCAAACUCUUUAAGGCAAUCAGAAGAUUCCCCAACUAUUCCCUUGUGCCCUACCCUACCCUACCCUCCCCCUCCCUCUCUCUCAUACUUUCUUCCUACUUCUACUCUGUCAUGCAUCUCUUUACCCAUCAUCUAUUUUCUUCCUACUCAAGAGACAUUAAGAAUGGUUUGCAGUGGGAAGGCUUCUCCCAUUUCUUCAACGGCGCCUAAAUGGUCUACUGUAAAUGGCUAAGAGGGCUGUACUAUAGUAUAUAGGAGCAGGCAGUGGGAGGUGCCAUUUGGUCCAAUUGGUUUCUGUAAACUCCAUCCUUCUGUAAAUAAAAGCCCUGGAGUCCAGAAGAGGUGCCUCCACUGCAGAUGGGUGAUUUUGUUCUCUGUACAUACCGGACAUACAGCUACCAGACCCCAGCGAUGUCCUGAAAAGACUUGAGACGCAUUGCACCAUCUGAGGAGACAUACAAGCAACCAGACUAUUAUUUCCCCUCAUGUCAACAAGGCAUGACAUAAGACAUUUCCCCCCAUGCUGACAAACAAGAGCAAAUGAAAUGCUAUAACUAAGUGGUACUCAAAGUCAGGGCAACAAAUGGGGGUUGGGGGGACCAAAAAAUUAAGAGCACAGAUUAUUGUAUGGGACAAUAUAAGAUCAUUUGAAAAACAUUUUAUUCAGUAUAUUUAUUUAUUUAUUUCUUUUCAUUUUGGUAAGAUAUGAAAAUGCAAUGAAUUUAAUGUUAAUUGUGAAUGUAAAAAUUCUAUGAUUUUAAGGUUGUGUCAUAAAAUUUUGGAUGGGGUUGUCAGAAAUUCUUGGGGGAAAAAAUGGGAUCCUCAUAAAUUCUGAUGAAAAAAAUGGGGUCCCCACUAAAAAUGUUCUAACUGAGAAAGAGAGUUUGGGCGGGGUCUGUGUGAGAUGGUCCUUUCAUUGUUAGUGGUGAGGAUCUCCGUUUAGGCGUGGUUGGGUCAACUGUGGUAGAAUCAUGACACAGACACACACACACACACAUCUCCACCCCCUACUACAUAAACACUCAAAAGGCUGCUGAAGGAAAUUUAAUUGUGCAUGUUUUAUUAUUUUAGUCCUGGCCACAGUGCUUUAGCCACGCAGCCCCAGCCCUUGUCAGUAAUGGUGUAAUGUAUAUUUCAUUAAGGAGCUCAUGUUGGCCAUUAGCACAGUCUCCCCUCAGACAUGUAAGACAUUGUUUUAUGGGAGGGAAAGGAGAUGAGGAAGUGGGGAGAAGGAGAGAGACAGCGAGAUAGAGAAGAGUGAAGAGGGAGAGCACGAGGCCUGAAUAUCUGCAGGGAAAUAGAGAGAUAACAUCCAUCAUAGUGCGGUCUGGACGGUUUUAGAACCCACAGCUCUUUACUUCACACACCUUGCAUUUCUAUGGGCUCCUCAACCCCACCACCCCACACACACAGCAUUUUAUUGGUUUGGUCAUAUGCUCAUUGCUAUUUGUUUUGUUCUAUUUAUCAUUUUUGAUAUCUACUGUAUGUUCACCAUGCCCAUUUUGUAUUUCUUGUAAAUUCUUUGGUCUGAAUCGAGGUCUGAAUCAAAUUCAAAGUGAGUGAUUAAAUUGAUUAUGCUGACAGUA